AUGGAACUAAAAUGUCCCUUGAUUCAUAGUUCUGAUUCUAGGACUCACAAAGUUCACCGGAAAAUAUCUCCACCAGCCUUUACCUGCGCGGUGUGCAAAGAAGAGCCCAGCACAGUCUCGGAUUCCUACUACUGUUCUACUUGCGAGAAAGAGAUCCACAUUGGUUGUUUCAGAUUUAAACCUAAGAUUGAAAACCACCCUUAUCAUCGCUUGCACUUUCUCGAGCAUAAAACUACAAAUUCCAAGACUUUGAUACCCGAUUCAUGGCCAGACGAAGAAGAAGCUAUCUCUCCCCCUGAGGAGAAUCGAGGGAAAUGCAAAUGUUGCCGGAGACAACUUCAAGACAGGUACUAUCAUUGUGACGAUUGCAAGUUCAAUAUAAACGCCACUUGUGCGUUGAAUCCACCGCCUGAAAAGAUCGUCCCGAGUAAGAGCCAUCGUCACGAAAAGGCUGAAUACAUUCUCUUUCCUAGACGUAUCUCAUUGCCUUGUGAUGCUUGUGGCUUGUUACUCGACAAAGGUAGCGAUCAUGUCUAUACUUGUCUCUCACGCAACUACAUAGCCCAUAGAAAAUGUAUCGAGGAGUUACCCAGUCUCAUUAAGCUCACCCGACACAAUCACCGUCUCAAGCACAAACCCUCUCUCUUUCUCCCGGAAAAAUCCUCUCCUUGCGGAGUUUGCCACAAACCUGUCAAUGUCAAUUACGGGCAGUACUCGUGCAUUGAGGGUUGCAACUAUGCUGUCCAUUCGAAAUGUGCAACGAGGAAGGAUGUUUGGGAUGGGAAAGAACUCGAAGGAGUCGCCGAAGAAGAAUCUGAAGGUGGAGUUGUCGACGAGCUAUUCACGAUGUUUGCGGACGGGACAAUACAACAUUGUAAUGAUCAGCAUAAACUGGAGUAUUCAGGCGAAAACAAUAAUGUAUCCGAUGGACGCAGUUUCUGCCAAGCUUGCCUCCUUAUAAUAGUGGACUCUGAUAGAUUGUAUAGUUGUACGGAAUGCAACUUCAUUCUCCACGAAGCAUGCGCACUACUUCGUCGCAAGAUAUCUCAUCCACUGCACAGACACCCGCUAGAACUCCUUCCACUCCCUACUAAUCUAUAUUUGAUCCAAUUCAAUGUUUUUGUGGAAGGCAUGUUCAAAUGCAGUGGCUGUCACCAAAGAAACUGUGGGUUCAUGUACCGUUGCACCCAAGAAGGUUGUAAGUUUCAACUAGACGUGAGGUGCGCUUCUCUUAAGGAAUCAUUUAUCCAUGGCAGCCAUGCUCAUCACACCGUCUUCUUAAGUUUCGACAAAGGUAACCUCAAUGAACGAUUCUCUCAAAGUCCCAAUAUCAGUCUCCGAUUUGUAGCAUCUCCAAUGGCAGAAACUAAUGUAUCCUCUGGUGAGAUCUCUCCUCUUGGUGUGUCCCAAGUUGAGAAGGGAAUCAACUUCGCUCUCUUUUCUCACAACGCCACUUCUGUAACACUCUGCUUAUCACUUCCUCAGAGUGAUAACGAUAUAGAGUUGGAUUUGGUUCCGAGCAUAAACAAGACUGGAGAUAUUUGGCACAUUUGUGUUGAGGAUUUGCCACUUAGACAUGUUCUCUAUGGUUACCGUGUUGAUGGUCCUAGAGAAAGGAAUCAAGGGCAUCGCUUUAACAGUAGCAUUCUGCUUUUAGAUCCUUAUGCAAAGCUUGUUAAAGGCCGUAGCUUUUUUGGAGAUAUUAACCAAAACUUUGUUCAGUUCUACGGAACUUAUGACUUUGAGAGCUCUCCAUUUAAGUGGGGAGAUGACAAAAAGCGCCGUAUCAUCCCUGAGAAGGAUCUUGUUAUUUAUGAAAUGAAUGUUCGUGCUUUUACUGCUGAUGUGUCCAGCGGGAUUGAUCCAUCUAUAAGAGGAAGUUACCUUGGUGUCAUUGAGAAGAUACCACACCUUCUGGGUCUGGGUAUAAAUGCAGUGGAGUUAUUGCCAGUCUUUGAGUUUGAUGAACUGGAGUUUCAGAAGCGUCCUAAUCCUAGAGUACACAUGGUUAACACAUGGGGUUACUCCACAAUUAACUUUUUUGCUCCAAUGAGCCGUUAUGCUAGUGGUGAGGGAGACCCUAUUAAAGCUUCCAAAGAGUUUAAGGAAAUGGUCAAAGCCUUACAUUCUGCUGGUAUAGAGAUUAUUUUGGACGUAGUUUAUAAUCAUACCAAUGAAGCUGAUGAUGAGUACCCUUUUACCAUUUCAUUUCCUGGCAUAGACAAUAGGGUUUAUUACAUGCUUGAUCCAAACAACCAACUGCGUAACUAUUCCGGCUGUGGCAAUACUCUGAACUGUAACCAUCCUGCUGUUAGGGAGCUCAUACUAGAUAGCUUAAAGCACUGGGUCACAGAGUAUCACGUGGAUGGUUUCCGAUUUGAUCUUGCUGGUGUGUUGUGCCGUGACACAGAUGGAUCUCGACUCGAUGCUCCCCCACUCAUUAGGGAAAUAGCCAUGGAUCACGUUCUGUUAAGAUGUAAAUUAAUUGCAGAGCCUUGGGAUUGUGAAAAUCAUGUCGGAAGGUUUCCAAGUUGGGAUAGGUGGGCUGACUGGAAUGGGGUGUACAGGGAUGAUGUUAGAAGAUUUAUCAAGGGUGACUAUGGUAUGAAAGGAAGUUUUGCUACUCGGAUUGCAGGAUCUUCUGAUAUUUACCAGGUUUACCAGCGGAGGCCUUACCACAGUGUAAAUUUCAUAACUGCGCAUGAUGGAUUCACAUUACGAGAUCUUGUAACAUACGAGUCUAAGUUCGUGAAGUACUACAGGAGGUACAUGUGUGUGUCAUGA